AUGGAGGUAAGAAAAGACGAUUUUCGAGUUCAUCUCAUCACAGGGACCUUCUUUGUUUGCAUAGUUGCAGGUGGAACAUGCCUUUGCCUGUACAUUUUUCUCCCGGGAGCACAACACACUUCUUGGUACCCGAUUGUAGGCUUCAUUCUUGUGGGCAUCCCAUGGCUCUUCUGGCUUUUAACCUAUUGCUAUAGAUGUUUCAAAACUGGCUUCCAACACAUUCAGGAAGAACGAAAAUUUGCUAAGGGGUUUAACCAUGUUGCACCCAAUGCUGCAUCCUCAAGCCCAGCGACUACUACUGCACAGACAGAAUCUCAGGCAAAUUCUUCUGGUAGCGAGCGCCGGGUGCAUUUUGGGGCUGUUAUCGUGGUGGGAGAGGACGGUGAUAUUAGCCAUGGGGAAGCCGAUAACAAUGCAGAUAGCAGGGAGCCAUAG